AUGCAGCACCACUGCAUCCUUCGCAUUCCUUCUCUGACGAACGAUUCUCAUGUGCGGGCAGACGACUCUGCAGACAUGGCAACGGACAACCCCACCCUGGGAACACCUUCAUACGGAGGCGCUUGCCCCCCGCCGCAUGCGGCACGAGGCUGCACGGCAGAGGAGACCAAGCCGUUCCCCCAUCAGGUUCAUGUGGGGGAGGCACUGCUGAGCCGUUGUAGGCAGCAGCAGCUCGCCAGCCAAAGCCCUCCGGAAGAUCCCACGCGUGGCCUCAGGGCGGGGGCCUUGUGGGGAGGCAUCGACUCCUUGAGCGUCGCUUUCGGAUCUCCAGCUUUAGAGCCGGCUUCGGGCGUGAAGGAUCUGAUACAAUGUAACGGGCACCCCCAGUUCACUGUGCAGGCAGGUCAAGUCAUUUUUCCGUCAUUCACAGCCACAGAUCUCAGCAUGGACGGCAUCUGUUUGCGUCCCAUCUGCAGCAGACUGCCCAGUCGCACGACCAGUAUCUGCGGCGAACACGACGCCGUGCACGCGGACUGGGCCCCCUGCCGCAUCGAUUCCCGCCACGCAGAAGAGGCCCUCGACCAUCAAUCGGCAGAUGCAUGCGGCUCUUGGAUGGAAAGAGUAGCUCAUGCCAACGGGGGAGGCUCUCUUUCGAUCAGCUUUUUUAGCGCUGCAUCGCGGACACAUAGCGAGAAAAAGGCUCGGAGAACCGCGGGGCAAAACAUGGCACGACAAAAAACAGGUCUCGGGGGAAUCGAGAGUGCAGGUAGUGAAGUGGCAAAAGCUGUGUCUCUGCAUCUUUAG